AUGGCGACAGACCGGCUGCGGAGCCGGGCCCUCUCCGCCUUCAAGUUGCGCGGCUUUCUGCUCCGGGGUGAAGCUACUAAGUACCUUAUAGAAGCUCUCCAGUCUAUCAGUGAAGUGGAGCUUGAGGAUGCACUGGAUAAGAUCAUUGAUGCAGUUGAAAAGCAGCCCUUGUCAUCAAACAUGAUUGAAAGAUCUGUAGUGGAAGCAGCAGUCCAGGAAUGCAGCCAGUCUGUAGAUGAAACAAUAGAACAUAUUUUCAAUAUCAUAGGAGCAUUUGAUAUUCCACGCUUUGUGUACAAUUCAGAAAGAAAAAAAUUUCUUCCUCUAUUACUGACCAACCAACCUCCACCAAGUUUAUUUGGAACAGCAAGAGAUAAAGCAGAGCUGUUUCGUGAACGUUAUACCAUUUUACACCAGAGGACACACAGACAUGAAUUAUUUACUCCUCCAGUGAUCGGGUCUCAUCCUGAUGAAAGUGGAAGCAAAUUCCAGCUUAAAACAAUAGAAACUUUAUUGGGCAGUACAACCAAAAUUGGAGAUGUGAUAGUUCUUGGAAUGAUAACUCAGUUGAGGGAGGGCAAAUAUUUUCUAGAAGAUCCAACAGGAACAGUGCAAGUAGAUCUCAGUAAAGCUCAGUUUCAUAGUGGUUUAUACACAGAGUCCUGUUUUGUCUUAGCAGAAGGUUGGUUUGAAGAUCAAGUGUUUCAUGUUAAUGCAUUUGGAUUUCCACCCACUGAACCCUCUAAUACUACUAGGGCAUACUAUGGAAAUAUUAAUUUUUUUGGAGGGCCUUCUAAUACAUCUGUGAAAAGUUCUACAAAACUCAAACAAUUAGAAGAUGAGAAUAAAGAUGCCAUGUUUGUUUUUGUAUCUGAUGUUUGGUUGGACCAAGUAGAAGUAUUGGAAAAACUUAACACCAUGUUUGCUGGUUAUUCACCAGCACCUCCAACCUGUUUUAUACUAUGUGGUAAUUUUUCAUCUGCUCCAUAUGGGAAAAACCAAGUUCAAGCUUUGAAAGAUUCCCUAAAAGCUUUGGCAGAUAUAAUAUGUGAACAUCCAAAUAUUCAUCAAAGUAGUCGUUUCGUGUUUGUUCCUGGCCCAGAGGAUCCUGGAUUUGGUUCUAUACUACCAAGGCCUCCACUUGCUGAAAGCAUCACUAAUGAGUUCAGACAACGAGUACCAUUUUCAGUUUUUACUACUAAUCCCUGCAGAAUUCAAUAUUGUACACAAGAAAUUAUUGUCUUUCGUGAAGACUUAGUAAAUAAAAUGUGUAGAAACUGUGUUCGUUUUCCUAGCAGCAAUUUGGAUAUUCCUAAUCAUUUUGUAAAGACCAUCUUAUCCCAAGGACACCUCACUCCUCUACCUCUUUAUGUAUGCCCGGUGUAUUGGGCAUAUGACUUCGCUUUGCGAGUGUAUCCUGUGCCUGAUCUACUUGUCAUUGCAGACAAAUACGAUCCUUUCACUUUGACCAAUACUGAAUGCCUCUGCAUAAACCCUGGCUCAUUUCCAAGAAGUGGAUUUUCAUUCAAGGUUUAUUAUCCUUCCAGUAAGACUGUAGAAGACAGCAAACUUCAAGGUUUUUGAGUUCUUAAAGACCAUCUGAAGAAAUAAAUUCAUCGAUUUUCUGCUCUUUUUUGUAUAUUAUGUAAUUUUGAUAA